AUGUCCACCCCGUCGGCACCACCGCCCUGCCCGCACCUCGCCGCGCACCGCCUGUCCUCGUGCCCGCUGCGCUUCCUCCACCGCUGCCUGCGCGUGCGCCCGCUCGGCCGCCCCGAGAUCCGGCGGGACCCGCGCGAGCUGCCGCGCUGCUCGCCCUGCGCCGCCGCGGCCCCGUCCCCGACCUCCCGCCUCUACGCCUGCCUCUCCUGCGCCGCCGUCUUCUACCCCUCCCACGCCGCCUCGCACGCCUCCGCCUCUGCAGGGCCCGGUCACCAGAUGGCCGUCGACGUCGACCGUGCCGAGCUCUUCUGCGCCGCCUGCGGGGACCAGGUCUACGAUCCCGACUUCGACCACGCCGUCUUCCUCGCUCAGUCCUCCUCGCUCCUCCCCUCAACCACCACCUCCGCCUCCCCGUCCCCGUCCGCGGCGCUCCGCAAGCGCUGA